AGGUAGACUGGUUCUUCUCUACCUCUCCACACCCCUUUUUUCGCUUUCCCACCACACUCGGCUCCAACAUUCUGCAGACUCAGUAGGUUCUCAAAAUGUCAACUAUCAAGGAGAAGCUUAUUGAGAAUCUAAUUGAGGAAGAUAAAAUCUCCCAGAAUAAGAUCACCAUUGUUGGAACUGGUGCUGUAGGCAUGGCUUGUGCUAUUUGUAUCUUGUUGAAGGAUUUGGCGGAUGAACUUGCCCUCGUUGAUGUUGCAGUGGACAAACUGAAGGGAGAAAUGAUGGAUCUUCAGCAUGGCAGUCUUUUCUUUAAUACUUCAAAGAUUACCUCUGGAAAAGAUUACAUAGUAUCUGCAAACUCCAAAUUAGUUAUUGUCACAGCAGGUGCACGCCAACAGGAGGGAGAAAGUCGCCUUGCCCUGGUCCAACGUAACGUAAACAUCAUGAAAUCAAUCAUUCCUAUCAUAGUCCAACAUAGUCCUGACUGUAAGAUGCUUAUUGUUUCAAAUCCAGUGGAUAUUUUGACAUAUGUGGUCUGGAAGCUAAGUGGCUUACCUGCAACUCGUGUAAUUGGAAGUGGUUGUAAUCUAGACUCUGCCCGUUUCCGUUACCUAAUUGGAGAGAAAUUGGGUGUCCAUCCCACAAGCUGCCAUGGUUGGAUAAUUGGAGAACAUGGUGAUUCUAGUGUGCCUUUGUGGAGUGGGGUGAAUGUUGCUGGUGUUGCUCUGAAGACUCUAGACCCUAAAUUAGGAACUGAUUCAGACAAAGACCAGUGGAAAAAUAUCCAUAAACAAGUUGUUGAAAGGGCUUAUAUGGAAUAAAAGAAGAAAUCUUUCUCAGUAUCCCUUGUGUCUUGGGGCGAAAUGGUGUCUCAGAUGUUGUGAAAGUUAACUUGAAUUCGGAGGAGGAGGCCUUUUUUAAGAAGAGUGCAGACACACUCUGGAAUGUCCAAAAAGAGUUGAUAUUUUAAAGCCUCUUAAUGUUCCACUGUUUUAUAGAACAGAAGAUAUCAGACUGUAUAUUUUACAUUUUGAAAGUAUUUUAAUCUGAUCUGUAAAAAAUAAAAAAAAUUGGAGACC